UUUUGGGGCUUAAACUUCACUAUGUCGAGGACUGCACGGAUGCCACAUAGGCAGCAGAACGGAAUGGUGGAAGUGAAAAGCAAGUUUGAUGCAGAGUUCCGAAGGUUUGCGAUUGACAAUUCCAAGAAGUGUGAGUUUACCCAAUUUGAGGCAACCCUUGGUAAAAUCCACAGCCUUCAGGACAUUCCCUUUGUUGUAACGUACACUGACAGCAAUGGAGAUCUUCUUCCAAUCAACAAUGAUGACAACUUUUACAGGGCUGUGACUAUGGCCAAACCCCUUCUGCGAGUCAUGAUUCAGCGCAAAGGAGAAAGUUAUGGUGAAGCCAAUGGUUAUGGAACAUUAGGUGUGAAACGGCGCAAUCCAAUCAGCAAGCUGAUGAGUGCUGAGGCUCCCCCCAAGCCUCGUAUCAAUAUCAGCAUGCCUGAAGACUUCCGAAGGGUGUCUGCAAUCAUUGAUGUUGAUGUUGUUCCAGAAACUCAUCGGCGUGUCAAGCUUAUGAAGAAUGGCUCAGACAAGCCUCUGGGAUUUUAUAUCCGUGACGGCACAAGUAUGCGUGUUACACCUCAUGGACUAGAGAAAGUGCCUGGCAUAUUUAUAUCAAGACUUGUGCCUGGUGGGCUGGCAGAAAGUACAGGUCUUUUGGCUGUGAACGAUGAGGUGCUGGAAGUAAAUGGUAUUGAGGUUGCGGGGAAGACCCUUGACCAAGUUACAGACAUGAUGGUGGCUAAUAGCUCCAACCUCAUCAUCACAGUUAAGCCAGUCAACCAGCGCAUGACCCUUGCACCAAUGCGCGGGUCAUCAGUCCGUACCUCUCAAAUGUCCAUGAAUUCGCAAAAGUCACAAAGUUCGCACCAUUCCUCCAAGUCAUUUGACAGUGACAUUCCAUUGAUCCAUGAGCAAGAGGAUGAAGAUGAUGAGGUUGAAGAUCAUCUGAAUCACCAAAGUGACCAUUUUGGCAGAGAAAGUGACCACAACCUCAGUCAUCACAGCAAUGCCAGCCUUGAUACAGAGAGUAAAGAUAGCGCUGUUGUCACCUUAUAGGACAAUGUUUGAUAAUGCAAAUUGUAUCUGAUCAUAUACAAAAUGUUUUAUAUGUAAAAUUAGCUUUGUACUCAGCAAUGUAAUUAAUCUGCAGUGUCUUGGUUUAAUCAUGUUGUAGUUAGAUUUUACUGCUCUCUUAGGCUUUUUAAGUUCAUUUGACAUUGUGGCACUACAAGACCUAUUUUUAGUCCCAAUUUCGGUAAAAGAAGUCUUCUUUUGAUUCUUUUAGAACUAUGAUCUGUUUUAAGUAAUAUGCGAUGUGUAUACAAACAUGUAGGCAUUUUAAUUAACUGUAAAGAAUGCAACGCAAUUUCUCUGGCACAGUAGAUUUACUGUAGCAGCUUUCUUUGAGGAAUUGGUCAUGUGGACCGCUUCCCCACCUAAUUUUACAAUUAUGUAGAUAUUCUAUUCGCCUGGAGGUGUGGGGUACAUUUGAUAGCACAUAUUGUCUUGUCAUGACUAAAGAUAAGGGAAACACAUAUUUUAUUGUAUAACACGUUUUACUGGAAAAGGUGAUGUUUUUGAAAAUUGUUUGCUUUUUCUGCGAUAGGUGCUGUGGUUAGAGAAUUUGUUAUAAGCACUUGUGUCAGACCAUAAUACUAUGGUGGAUAUUUGUGGAAUAUAAAUUAAGAAGUUUUUUUCAGGAUUAAAAAAAACAGAAGUAAUAUUUUGGCAAUGGCUUCUAUUAGUGACGUAAUGUUAUUUGUGCCCAAAUUCUGCCUAGGAGUAUAUAUUAAGAGCAUUAUGUAUACGUUUACAGGUGACAUAUUUUAAUUUAUGCCAGCAUGUAUGUUUUAUACCAAUCAUGUAAAUAAUUAUUAGCAGUGGCCAUGCAAGGCUCUGGAAAUCUGGCAUGAUUUGACAGACACAAACAUCUGAUAAUUUUAAUUUCUGAGUGAAAAUUAGGUUAAAUUUUAAAUUUAUCUGGAUUUGCCAAUCACAGUUUCUGACACUCAGAUCAGGUACAAAAGAAUAUUGAAGUCUUGAAAUAUUGUAAUUAAAAUUUGGUGAUGAAACAUCUGACAUAUUAAAAUUGCUAGUUGCGGUAGUUAUCCACAUUAGCCUUGAAUUAGCAUUUGAUUUACAGAUAGAAGAAUAUCAGAGCAAUCAAUUUGGCCAUAAAAGCAAACAUGGUAUUCCAGUUUCUUAUGUGUCUUUCCCUGGAUAGUGUACUCGAGAUGGUGGAGAAUUAUCAUCUUCUAGUUGUCUAUCUGGAACCAUUCAGUCUUUGAUUGAGUGAAAAGAUUUUAUUAAAAAAUAAUAGAGAUCUAGUAUUGCUAUAAUAAAUUAUGGAAACUUCAAAUAUUAAUUGUAACAUAUCUUUUUGAUGAGAAUAGAGGGUAAGUCAUACAAUUUAAUGUGAAAUGUUAUAUAUAGAAUUAAUGUUUUAUCAAUAGGUGGCCUCUUAAGUUAAGUGGAGUUAUUCCCCUUGAAAAUUCACACUGACCUCUUACCACUGUGACAAAUCAUUUGUGUGAUGCGUAAAUCACUAAUGAAAUUGCUUAAUUAUAUUUACAUAUUCAUAUCCAAUAUACACAACUAUGUAUUCAUUGUAAAAAAACUAUACACUUUCUAGCUAACAUUAUUCCGUUCUCUAUACAUUCCUGGUGGUAUUGUACACUGUUUUUUUUUUCCAUUUUCACAUUGAUUUUAAUAGUUUCAUAGAUUUGGAUAUUGUUGGACAGUCCUUUCCUUGACAAAAAUAAAUGUGUCCAAAAUUUUGUUCAGAUAUGCUUGCUGUGGUGGUUGCAAUUUUCUCAUAAAUUGUAACUUGAUUUUGCCCAGUUUCUACCUUCAGCUUAGAUACAUGCAAAGGGGCACAAUUGGAUCUGUGAAUGAAGUAGGGAUGAAGUUACAGUAUACAUACAACGUUGUGAAAGUUUCGCUUUAUAAGUUAAUAUGUAUUAUACAUGUAUUAUUAUUUUAAUAAGUUGUGUCAUGGAAUGAAAGAGCUGAAAUGAUUAUAACAACAGAUAAGGUAUAUCGUGAUGUUGUGUUUUUUUACAUAUCUGUAACAUAGUAUGGUAGAUGCAGAAAAUACCUUAAGAGAUCAUUAUGGCUUUAGGAGAGCCAUUCUGCUCUGAUGAUGCACAUGCUUGGAUUUAGCAUAUUGUGUUUGCAACCAUAGAUCUUUACCUUAGGAAAGUAAUCAACAGUUGAGACAAGAGAGACGGGCCACUUCAAAAAUAUUUCAGUCUACAGCCACUGUUUUAUUAAUUAUCAGCAUUAUCUUUUGUUUUAUAUGUUAAUUGAUUUUAAUGUAGGACUUAGAUUAUAUCAAUUGUAUUCCUGUUGUUCUUCCUCUUUAAGAGGUUUUCUUUAUUAAUUUAUUCUAUCUUCCUGAUUUAAGAUAAUUGAAAAAUUCAGUUUGUAAGGGGUAUUUCUCCCUUCUAAUCCCCAAUUCUAAGUAUGGUACUACAUGUAGAUUAUUAUAGUAUAUUGUAGAUUAUUUCUCCAUUUUCCAUGGAAAAUAUUUACAUGUUGACUCAGAUUGGUACAUUUCCUUAAAAUUAUAAUAAGCAUCAUAUUGCAUCUGACUCAAAAUCACAGGAUUUGCUAAUUACAGACCAUUGAAAUAAUACUUGUUUGUUUAAAGUCACCUAACUGCAGUAAAUAUGAAUGGGUAUAUUACCAGGCAUGGACUUACUUUUGGAAAAUAGUAGAUUAUAGAUUGUUGAGUACAUGUAACUUUAUGAUGCCACUUGUACACAAUCUACUUCUAAAUGCUGCAAACACUGAGUGAUAUCUUAAAAAGAGUGUGUACAAAGAGUUCAUUUGAUACUCAAUGUAAAUCUAGAAUAAACUGUAUAAUUUUAGGUAUGACAAACUAUGCAAGUGCACAUGGAAAACAUACAAAAUUUGUAUUUAUUUUACUAUGGCAAAAUGAUGUAUUUUACAAAGAAGACUGAUUUAAUUGAAUACAGGGUAAUGCUUGGUUGAUAUUGGUCAGUUUAUAUAAUCUUUAUCAAAUAUGGUAACUUGUUUUGAUUAGGACAUUGCAUUCUUUCAUUCAUUGGAUUAUGACAACUACUACUGUGUUCUCCAAUGACAAGACAAUGUACAUAUAGUUUUAAGUAAUGUUAUUCAGUGUAAGGAAGGCAGGAUACUUUUGGAUUGCAUCGCAGAAAUUCUUUGGCAUGUAAACAAUUUCAUUACUUAAAGAAUCAUAACACUCUUUUAGUCAACGUUGAAAUAAAGUGAGAGGAAAGCUGGACUUUGUAACGCUUGAACGAUAUGAAGUUAUCUAACAGGACUUAAUAUUAUUGCAGUUAUGAAGUUCUUAUUUUUAUACAGAUUUUUAAAGAGAUGAACGUAUGUGCUGGAAUAUUCAUGUACCGUGCAUUUUGGAUUUUAUUGUUAUGAAAUAAGGGCAUCGACUGUUUUUAUGUGACUAAUUUAUAGGUUGUGAUUUUAUAUAUAUGUAAAUAUGUCCAUGCGAUAAAGGACUUGGGAGCACCACCUCCCGGUAAACUAAUUGUACACUUGUAUAUAUAUAUAUACAUUCUGUGGAAAUAUAGUUAAUUGCAGCAUACACCUUGAAAGAAGUUUUUAUUUACUUGGUAAAUUUGACAUUCGUGGAUAGUUAGUGGUCCUCAGCUAUUACAUAUAGGGCUUGUUCAUACAUCUUUGUCUAUAGUGAUGGUAGAUGAUAUCCAAAAUUGAGGAUUUUUUUUAUCAACAUUUAUCAGGGUGCCUAAAAUCUUGUGUGUUCAUCAAAAUACCUAUGUAUACAUACUAUUAAAUCCCAUGAUAAAGACCUUGUUUGAAGCUAUCUGGUACAGGUAAUGUGAUUAAAAGAUUGCUAUUUAAUUUUUGCUUCAAUCACAGAAUGUAAGGUAUACAAUUUUGUAUAUCUGUCAGUUAAUAGUAUUUAAGAAUGUCAUAAAAAAAAUCAAGCAGUCCUUUCGGAUUGAAUGUUCUGUGGUGUUUUUAUCAGUUCUUUGUACAUUUUCAUGUCUAAAAAUAGCAUCAAUAAUCGGUACAAAUUGUCAGUUUUUCUUUCAUUUUUUUUUUAAUCAUAAUAGAUCUUUACUGUACAUAGAAUGGACCAUUACCAAUACAUAUACAUUUACAUGUAUAUACAUUUUAUAUAUAUACAU